AUGGCGGACACAUCGACACAAGAACAACAACAACAACAACAACAACAACCGAUGAACUUUCUCGCGACUUUGAAGAACAAAGCGCCGCAGCAAAACGGAACAGGAAAACAACAACAACAACAGAAAAGAACGGCGUCCGCACCGCCCGGGUUUACAUCACCAUCCGGACAACAACAACAGACGACGAGGACAACGACGGUUUUGGGGGAGGAGCAGAUUCCUGGGAAAAAGACGCCAACGACGCCGACGAAGAGUAGCGGCGCGACGAAACCAGCACCGAUUGGCAUCCCGGAGAAAGAGGACGAGGCGUUCGACCCGAGCUUAGUCUCGCCGCAACUGGCGAUGAUUAAGAAACUCAGCGCGAAACCGAAGAAUAGUCUCGGAGAGGAAGAGGACAAGAACGACCCGAAGAGUCCUUUGGCGUUGUGCAACGACGGGCAAACGAGCGAGUCGCAAAGUUCCGGGACGACCGAUCAAGAGUCGGUCAGUUUUCAAGAGAAACUUGUCGCGGAUGGCGAAGGUGUUGACGCGAAGAAGGAUAGUGCCUCGUCCGCUCAGGCGGGUAAGAAGGGACAGAAACAAAGAGAAGAGGAAAACUACGUGACGCCGCGACCGAUUUGGGUGGCAAGGUUGCCGAGACCAGCCUCGGAGAAGUACGACGACCAAAAAGCGCAAAGAGAGAGAGAUCAAGUGUUGGACGAGAAGAUUAAAGGUUUAACCACGGAAAUCGACGCGAUGAUUAAAGAAUCGCAGGAGUUGAAGGUUGAAUUGGACGCCAAGAGAGUCGAGUUGAAGAAAUCGAGAGAGGAAGUCAAGAUGGCGAACGACUUGGUGAAACCGAUUCGCGACCGAUGGAACGGUCUGCGCGACGCCGAGAAGAGCUUGAAAGAAAAAUCGCAAACGAUGAAAGGUUUGGACAGUUUAGCGAAACUCGACGCCAAGUUGGACGACUUGGAGAAGAAGAUGGAAGACGAGAGCUUGUCGGUUUUGGAACAGAACAAGAUUUUGCGCGAGCAGAAAAAGUUGCGAAAAAUGCAAACAGAAAUCGAGUCUCUCGAAGAGAAGAAGCGUCAAACGACUGGUCCGAAUCUAGUUGGUGAAAGUCGCGACGAGCUGAAAGCGCGUUUGAAUGCGUGCUCGGAAGCGAUCGAUGUUUUGAGAGCGAGAUUAAAGACGGUUGCGGAUUCUCACGACGAGACGUUUGAGCAAAUCAAGGUUGUUUCGGAAACGAUCACAUCUUUGAGAGAUAAGCGUUCAAAGUUUAUGAAGGAAAGAAGCGCAAAGUACAACGAGUUGGCCGGUGUCAGAAAGGAAAUCCAAGUCUUCUCCAAGUUCAGAUCGCUCGCCAGAGAUGCGCAAGCUUCAAUGAACUCGAAAGACGUCGACGUCAUUUCAGAAGCGAGAAUGAAGUGCGAAGACCACAACGAUAAGUUGAUUACUCAAAUGAUUGAGAGUGAAAUGUACCGUGAAUGGUAUAUGGUUGAAACCAAACGAGAGCAGUCGGCGGCGAGAGAACGCAAGAUGGAAGCGCAAGCGGUGAGGGAUGCCGAGAGAUUGGCAAAGAUUGAAGAAAAGCUCAAGAAAUCAAACGCAAAGAGAGAGGAGGAAGAGAAGAAGAAGAAGAAGAAGGAGCAAGACGAAAUGGAAAAAGAAAAAGAGGAAGUCGAUCCUGCGGCAAUUCCAAAUGUGGAAAAGCCGGCAUCUUCAUCAUCAUUAGCCACCACCGAGAACGCUGUCGAGAAAAAGCUCAACAAGAAACAGAAGCAAAAAGGUGCGAAAAAAUCACCGUCAACCGUCGACGUUGCGAACAAGAACGAAGUCAAAGAAGAAGUGCCGAAAAUCGCGAAAGUUCCCGAACACAUUCUCGAGAUUCUGAGCUCAAAAGGUACCAAUGAUAGCGACGCGAGUGAUCCUCCGUUAUCUCCGCGGUCUCAAGCGCGCGAAAAAUCGCUCGAAGGCGCGCAGUUAAAGGCGCGAAAGCAACAAUUAAAGCAGGAACGAUUGAAAGCGAGCGCGCAGAAAGCCGAGAAGAACUCUGAAUCGACGAAAAGUAAAAGCGAAGAAAUGGCCGCCGCGAGUGCCGCUACGCAAGCGGCAAGAGCGCAAAUCGAGUUGGAGUUGAAACGCGAAAAGCGCGAAGAGCAAGAGCGAUUAUCGUCGGCGUCGAAGGAUGUUCAGGUUGACAAAGAAGUCGUGAAAGUCGCCGCCAAAGCCGCCAAGCGCGCGGCAUUGAUGAAGGAAAUGAAGAAAGAACGACGCGAUAAGAUCAAGAAGAUACUUCUUGCCAUCUUUUUAUGUAUCGUUGUAUCUUUGCUCACCUAUUCUCAUUUCACGACGAAGCCGGAACCGAAAGUGAUCAACAUCAACACAAAGUCUUGGAGGCAAGAGGAGCAACAGCAGCAGCAGCAGCCAGAGGUGACAUAUCAGUUCGAAGAGGAAGAAGGUUUAGAAGACCAGCAACCGCUGUUCAAUUCCGAACUAUAA